AUGGAAGUGGAACAGGAAGUAGGUGGUUGGGCCAAUUUAGCACCACUUAGAGGAAAGAAGAAAAAUGUGGGGCCUAAUGGUACUCAGACGCUAAUUGGUGGUGGGCCCAUGAGGUCCAAUGGGCUUCUUGUGGACUACUACAUAAUCAAUUGUGACAUACGUUGGACUCCAAAUAAGGAUAAUAGUGGCCUUAAAUUACCCACGAUGACCAGGACAGAUUUUCAUAGCUGGAGUGGACUGGACUGCAAAUUGGGGGCCUUUGUAGCAAGAUAUUUAUCUACAAAUAAACCUGGAAAUGGGAUCAAUGUGAUGGAAAAGGUUGCAAAAGAGGAGAUUUCAGGCAAUGGAGAUUUUGCAGUCAUGGAUUACUCUCCUGCCCUAAACAGAACUCCUAUUCAUAAUUAG